AUGCUUUGGUUCCAAGAGAGAUCAUUAAACUAUGCUUGCUAUGCGGAUUUCAGGGAAGCGGCUGAGCUUCAGUGGAAGGCAAUGGUGGAGGACAUAAAGCAGCAGCAAAACAGGGGAAGGGUUUGGGCAACUUUAAAAACUGCUUGGCAAUAUGUCUCCUCACAGAUAUGCUUGUCAAUGUGUCUCCUCGAAGAUAUGCUUGGCAAUCACAGAUUAUUGGCGCUGAGUUUGGGACUUGUGGUAUCUGAACUGAGUGAAGAGCCAUGGAAAGGAAUGGUGGUCACUUUCGGUGAUUCACCCUAUGAGCUGCUGCUGCUGCGUUCGAUACAAGGCAAUGAUCUCAAGUCCAUGCGCAAGUUUAUGAUGCAAACAUGCCAAAAUUUCAGCUUUGCUGUUAAUUUUCCAGAGGCCUGUGAUAUUAUUCUGGAAGUGGCUGUGAAUGAGAAGUUACAGGCAGAGCAGAUGAUCAAGAAGGUGUUUGUGUUCACCGACUUUGCAUCCGGCUGCCACUGGAAGACUAAGUAUGAGGAAGUAGUAGUACGCACCAAGUUUAAGGAGCAAGGGUAUGAGGAUGAUGCAAUCCCACAAGUUUUGAUUUGGGUUCUUUUUGACUUAAACAUGCCUAGUAUAGAAGAACCUCAUCCGGAGCUGACUCUCUUGAGUGGCUUCUCCGACAAUUUGAGCAAGUUAUUCUUGGACAAUGGUGGAGAAAUUGGCCCGCACCAACUCAUGGAAGCAGCCAUCGCUGACAAAGAGUAUCAAACUCUCCGUGUGGUGGACUGA